GCUUUUCGGCCACUCUGCUGGGCCGGUCCCUGAACGCACCUCCCUCUUCCUGACGGGACGUUCCAGCAGCUUCCAGCAGAGUCCGCCGAGGACCGGGGACCUUCGCUCCGAUGCGCAUGCAAGUCACCACCGCCCCGUUCGGACUUUGAACCCGUCACGCCCGGAAGGGAGUAUUUGUCGGAAGGAAGCCGCACUUUCUCACAAAGCAGCCCGCGGCUCUGCGCUCUCUCCUCGUCCUUUUUUUCCACGGCAAACGAGCAACAGGUUUAGCGGCGCGGCGGCAAAGAAGCAUGCCGAGUAAAAGUCAGUCCCUGCGGCCCCGGCUUUGCGCGCUGGAGAAGGGCGACAACGGCUACGGCUUCCACCUCCACGGCGAGAAGGGGAAGACCGGCCAGUUCAUUCGGCUGGUGGAGCCCGACAGCCCGGCGGAGGCGUCGGGGCUCCUCGCCGGGGACCGGCUGGUGUUCGUCAACGGGGAUGACGUGGAGAAUGAGAGCCACCAGCAGGUCGUCAGCCGGAUACGAGCCGCCUCCGGCCGCCUGGAGCUGGUGGUGGUGGACCCGGACACCGAGUCGCUGCUGAGGAAGCACAACGUCAAGUGUCUGAAGGAGUACGUGGAGGACGGGCUGCCCUUCAUGCUCCGCUACGAAGAGGGCGACGCGGAGGAAGAGCGGCCGCGGGAGGAGGAGGAGGUCGACGGGACGGACGACGGCGAGGAGCGGCCCGACGUGGAGGUCCAGGCGGAGGAGCGAGCCGGGGGGUCCGGGCACAGCACGCCGGUGCCCGACAGCAACGGAGGGAUUCACGGGGACGCCGAGAGGAAACUGAGCGUCAAUUCACACAAGGAACCCAGUCCUGAGCGGCGGCCACGUCUCUGCGUGAUCCGGCGGGAGGCCGGCGGCUACGGCUUCAACCUGCACAGUGAGCGGGCACGGCCGGGCCAGUACAUCCGUGCCGUGGACGAGGACUCCCCCGCCGAGAAGGCAGGCCUGCAGCCCAAAGACAGGAUAGUCCAGGUGAACGGCGUGCUGGUGGAGGCCAAGACGCACUCCGAGGUGGUGGCGGCCAUUAAAGCCGGCGGGGACGAGACCCGCCUGCUGGUGGUGGACCCCGAGACAGAUGCCUUCUUUAAGAGGUGCCGGGUGACCCCCACUACGGCCCACCUGAGCGGUGCGCUACCUGAGCCUGAUGUGAACGGAGGCAUGGAGGACAAGGUGAGGCCUGCGGACAAGGUGAACGGGGGCGGGGCCGAGAGAGACUCCAAGCCGUCGGUCAGCCCUUCUCCAUCCAACGCCUCGUCCAACGCCUCCAUCACCUCGCCCAGCAGCAGCACUCCCCCCGAGGGCGUGGCUCCAGGGGCCAUCCCCGCCCUGACCAUGAGUCUGCAGCAGGUCAAGGAGCUGGCCCACCAGAAGCGCUCCAACAAGAGAGCGCCCCCUAUGGACUGGACCAAGAAAAACGAACUCUUCAGCAACCUCUAGAAGCUUCCGGCACCAAACCCUUUUUUAUGGCGGUGAUUGGCAGCACGAUCAGAGAGGAGACUUUUUAACUUUCUACUAACAGGACAUGUACACACUGACAAUCAUCAUCAUCAUUAUUAUUAUUAUAUGUCUUAAUAAUAUUAUUAUUGGUAUUAUUAUGUCAUAAAAAUAUUUAUAUUAUUAUUGUUAUUAUUAUGUCAUAAUAACAAUAAUAAUAUUAGUAUUGUUAUUAUGUCAUAAUAUAAAGAAUAUUACAAUUAUUAUUACCACAUAAUAUUUUUAUUAUGUCAUAAUAAUAUUAUAAUUACUACAUAAUAAUAUUAAUAAUAAUUUUAUCAUCACUAUUAUGUAGUUGGCAAUUUCUACAUAAUAUUAAUUACUACAUAAUAAUAUUAAAAAUAAUUUUAUUAUCACUGUGUAGUAAUAGUAAUCAUAUUAUUUUUAUGUAGUAAAAAUAUUGUUAUUAUUACCACAUUAUUAUUAUGUACUAAUAAUGAUAAUGAGAUUAAUAAUAUUAAUAUUUAGUAAUAAUUAACUUGAUUUAAUUAAUAUGUACUACUAAUAAUAUUAUUAUUAUUAUUAUUAUAUAGUAAUCAUUUUAUGUAAUAAUAAUACCAAUAAUAAUACAAUUAUUAUUACGACAUAAUUUUAUUAUGUCGUAAUAUUAAUAUAAUUACUACAUAAUAACUAAUAUUAUUAUGACAUAAUAAAGUUAUUAUGUAGUAAAAUCAUUAUUAUCUACUACUACUAAUAAUAAGACUAUUAUUAUUACAUAGUAGUAAUUAGUUUGAUUGAUCAUCUACUACUAAUAAUAUUAUGUAGUAAUCAUAUUUUUAUGUAAUAACGCAAUUAUUAUUAUUAUAUAAAUAACAUUAUUAUUAUGUGACAAUAAUAAUCCUACUGUUAUAAAUAUGAGAUACAAAUCAAGUCUUGUGUAGAUAUUUACUUCUUGCCUAAAAAAAGUGAUUUUAAAGUUGUUUGAGUUCAGAUGUAAGAAACAAACUGCUGGCUUGAAGCAGCAAUGAUAUGAGAAUGUAUAUUUCAUAUAUUUUUACAUUUUUUCAACAAAUCCUCUCCCCGAUGAUGUGGGAGCACACCUUUGAUCCGCCGGCUUCUCUCGGCAAUUUCACUUCUCUUCAAAUCCUCAAACAUUUCUGUCAAUAAUAACGUUUUUUUUUUUCCUUGUCCCCUUUGGAUUAUUUUCCAAAGGAAGAGUUGUCCGUGUAAGCGACGAUUUGAUGGCAAUAAAGUAUUAUUCUGUCAUA